GGAGCCGAGGAACCGAAAGAGAAAGCGGGCUGUGCUUGGAGGACCUCGGGCGCCAGGAUGAAGUCACGGUGGGCGACCCUCUUGUUGCUGUGCUGCUGCUGUCUGGGCCACGGGGUCGCCCGGACCUGGCCUCGGAGCCACCAGCGGGAGGCGGCCGCCUUGCGGGAAAGUCUUAAUAGACAUCGCUACUUGAACUCUUUCUCUCAUGAUAACUCCACUGCCUUCUAUGGACUAAAUCAGUUUUCUUAUCUAUCUCCUGAAGAGUUCAAAGCUCUGUAUUUAGGGAGCAAACCUGCCUGGUCUCCCAGAUACCCAGCAGCAGGACAGACACCCAUCCCCAAUGUGUCUUUGCCAUUGAGAUUUGACUGGAGGGACAAACAUGUUGUAAAUCAAGUGAGAAACCAGAAGAUGUGUGGAGGAUGCUGGGCGUUCAGUGUGGUGAGUGCAAUAGAGUCGACUUGUGCGAUCCAAGGGAAACCUCUGGACUACCUCAGCGUACAGCAGGUCAUCGACUGCUCUUUUAAUAAUUAUGGCUGCAGUGGUGGCUCUCCUCUCAGUGCCUUGAGCUGGCUAAACGAGACACAAGUGAAGUUGGUAGAAGAUUCAGAGUACCCGUUCAAAGCAGAAAAUGGCCUGUGUCGCUACUUUCCCCAAUCACAAUCAGGAGUUUCAAUCAAAGAUUUUUCUGCAUAUGACUUCAGUGGCCAAGAAGAUGAAAUGGCAAAAGCACUUCUGAGCUUCGGCCCUUUGGUAGUGAUAGUUGAUGCAGUGAGCUGGCAGGAUUACCUAGGUGGUGUAAUUCAGCACCACUGCUCGAGCGGAGAGGCGAACCAUGCGGUUCUCAUCACAGGGUUUGAUAAAACCGGAAAUACUCCAUAUUGGAUUGUGCAUAACUCCUGGGGAAACUCCUGGGGAAUAGAAGGCUAUGCACAUGUGAAAAUGGGAGAUAAUGUUUGUGGCAUUGCAGACUCUGUCUCUGCUGUCUUUGUGUGAUCAUGGGAUGACGUCAUCAUGAGACAACUAUAAAAACAAGCUCUUCAUAGUAAGAUCUAACAUUACACUUAAUUCUGAGCGUUAUUCCCUGUCAAGUUUCAACAACUGCCUACAAGAGGUGCUAAGAGCAAGCUAGCAUUUUGUAAACAAUGGUAGGUCAUCCCAUUCUUGCAGAUAGAUGAACAACCAAAGUUCAUAGGAAUUACACGCACCACCUCCAUCACAUGGAACAGUGUGGAAUUCUGAGUGCUUGGUGGGAUUGGAAGUCAUACCAGGCCCUCCAUCUGGAAGCAGCUGGGACUUUUGCUGUCUUUGUGUCUUUCUGGCUGUUUAUUGUAAUGGAGUACCUUGCUCAGUCUGGAUCGAAGAAGGGAUCAGAAUUUGUUUUUCUUUGUGAUUUAUAGUCACCAGCCAUAGAUGACCUCAUCUGCUAGAACUCUCAACCCAAGGUGGUGUGUAUCUUACAAUUACAGCAACCUUCUGAGAGGAUGUGCCAUGCAUAUGGAUUUGAAAUAUCAAUUGCCUUACUUCAGCAAAUGGACCUUACCCUAUACAUUAGAACAACUAUGAACAAAGAAGAAAUCUGAAAAAUAAAAGUCCCUUCUUCAGAGAGACAACCCAACUGAAUUUAAUCUAUGUGAUAGGAAGUAACCUGUGCUACUUCCUGUGAGGAAGAAUUUUUAGAGAGCAUCACUGUCAAGGAUCCAGUACAUUUAGUUUCUUGCCUUCUUCUCUCUGCAGUAGGGAACAAAGUAUUUUCCAUAUUUUCUACCUCUCUUGUUCUUUACUGUAGAAUUUCCAUGUGGUUCACUUUCCAGUCCAAAAGAACUCAGACCCAUUAUUGGGAUUCCGUUUCAAUCCCCCAACCUCUUACUUAAAAAAUUCUCUGACUUCUGGUAGUCCCACUCACUUUGGUCUUUGUUCAUAUCCUUCACUGGAAUACCAGAAUCAAGAACAAAACUCCUUAUUCUUCUUCCUGUUCCAGGGAGAGGCAAUCUCAAAAGAAAUUGCAGAGACUGGAGUAUGAAAAAACAGCAGAAGACAGUUCUUAAUAUUUGAAUAGAGUAGUCUAAUUAUUCAAGGCGUCCAGAAAGGAAUUAAGUCCAGCUGUAGUUUCUGUUACUGACUCUCAAUAUGUUAUCAGUGCUUUUUUGAUACAUGGUUUCAAAUGCAAAAAAAGUUUUAAAUUUUCAAGAUUGUUACCCCCGCAAGUAUUCUGGAUUUUGAUAACAUUUAUAAUUAAAAAAACAAUAUAUGACUUUGAA